AUGAUAGUAUCGAAAUGUACAUUCCAAGUAGAUUCAUCAAGAAAGAUUUUUGUUUUUCAGAAAAAAAUAUCUGACGUGAUGGAUUCACCUUUGGAAAAAGCCCGCAGAAUAUUUCAUAUUGACAAUCGCACUGUUGCAAAUGUCAUGUCUGAAUUUUACUCUACCUUACUACUACUGUUCAUUGGUAUUGGCAUAGUUCAUCAGUUUGACCUGUCAUACAAACAACUGAAUACUUGGAUGCAAAUCAAUAUUGGAUGGGGUUUAGCGAUUAUGUUUUGCGUCUACACCUGUUCCAAAACCUCUGGUGGACAUCUGAAUCCGGCAAUUUCUCUCAUGUUUUAUUCUCUUGGUAAAUUGCCACUAUCACAUGUCUUCUACUACAGCGUUGCACAAACUCUUGGAGCUUUCAUCGGUACAGCACUCGCAUACACUGUUUAUCUUGAUCAAACUCAUCACGUCUUGGGUGGUCUUCAAAUCGCAUCAGGACCCAAUGGUACAGCGACAUUGUUCACCUCGAUGCCAGCACUUCAUGUCUCUAACACCAUUGCUUUUUGGGAUCAGUUUGUUGGGACUGGAUUUUUGGCACUUUUCGUAUGUGUGAUCACUGACAAACGUAUGGAGAUUCCACCAGGAAUUCAUGCUCUUCUUGUUGGUUUACUUAUAGCAAUGAUUGGUAUGGCAUUUGGGAUGAACGUUGGUUAUCCAAUUAAUCCUGCUCGAGAUUUUGCACCACGUGUUUUUGCAUUCAUCAUUGGUUAUGGCUGGGAAGUUUUCAGCUAUCACAAUUACUAUUUUUGGAUUCCGAUAGUUGCACCCUUCUUCGGUACAGUAGCAGCAGCUUGGUCUUAUUAUAUUUUUGUUGGUUUUCAAAUUCCUGAUCAACCUCAAAACUAUAUAAAAGAAGACAGAACUGACGGCGACUCAGUACCUUUGAAAAUCACGUAA